CUCAGAUCUGGCACCGCAGGACAGUCAGUCCGCCUCCUUCGUCCUUCAACAUGCAGCCAACAAGACUCACAACUCGGCAGUGACAAGUGUUUCCAAAGUGGCGAGUCCUGACCCGUCUGAGCGAGCAGGUUGUGCGCAAAGAGCGAAAUCGAGGACAAACUCUGCGUAUUUUUCUUUUCGCCUUUUUCCUGGAGCCCAAAACAGGCGGAGUUGAGCGUUUCUGCAGGAUUUUAUUAUUAUUUUUAACAUUAUUAUUAUUAUUAUUAUUAUUGUUAUUAAUAUUAUUUAAAGGGGACUAUUUUGGUCAAAGCCUUUUCACCGACAUGGAGUAUACGUCAUCCCCGAAACCGCAGCUCUCAUCCAGGGCGAACGCUUUCUCCAUAGCCGCCCUGAUGUCCAGUGGGAAGCCCAAUAAGGACAAGGAGACGGAGGAGAACACCAUCAAGCCCCUCGAACAAUUUGUGGAGAAAUCCUCCUGCAACCAGCAGUCUCUGGCGGACCUGUCCUCCCUGGACGGACACGGGGACUUCAGCGGGAGCGCGCCCGCGGUGUGCACGGAGCCGCUCAUCCCCACCAAUCCCGGCAUCCCCAGCGAGGAGAUGGCGAAGAUCUCGUGCAGCUUGGAGACCAAAGAGCUGUGGGACAAAUUUCACGAGCUCGGCACCGAGAUGAUCAUCACCAAGUCUGGAAGGAGGAUGUUUCCCACCAUCAGGGUCUCUUUCUCCGGGGUGGACCAGGACUCCAAGUACAUCGUGUUGAUGGACAUCGUCCCGGUAGACAACAAGCGGUACCGGUACGCCUACCACCGCUCCUCGUGGCUGGUGGCCGGGAAGGCCGACCCUCCUCUGCCCGCCAGGUUGUACGUCCACCCUGACUCACCGUUCACUGGAGAGCAGCUCAUGAAGCAAAUGGUUUCCUUCGAGAAAGUCAAACUGACGAACAACGAACUGGACCAGCACGGACAUAUCAUCCUCAACUCCAUGCACAAGUACCAGCCGCGGGUCCACAUCAUCAAGAAGAAGGACCACACCGCCUCGCUGCUCAACCUCAAGUCUGAGGAGUUCCGCACCUUCGUCUUCGUUGAGACCGUCUUCACCGCCGUCACGGCCUAUCAGAACCAGCUGAUCACCAAACUGAAGAUUGACAGCAACCCGUUCGCCAAAGGUUUCCGGGACUCGUCGCGGCUGACGGACAUGGAGAGCAGGGAAAGUGUUGAGAAUCUGAUCCACAAGCACUCGUACGCCCGGUCGCCAAUCCGAACCUACGCUGGCGACGACGAGAACCUGAGCGAGGACGGACACACCGCACACACCAGAGGCUCGGCGUUCACCGCCUCAGACAACCUCUCCCUGAGCUCCUGGGUCACCACCACUUCAGGCUUCUCGGGCUUCCAGCACCCACAGUCCCUGUCGGCCAUGGGCACCGGCGCCGCCUCCUUGCCCCACCCCAUCCAGGGCUCCCUGCCCCCCUACAGCCGACUGGGCAUGCCGCUGACGCCCACCGCUCUGGCUGGAACCAUGCAGGGCAGUGGGCCGUCCUUCCCUUCCUUCCACAUGCCCCGCUACCACCACUACUUCCAGCAGGGGCCCUAUGCCGCCAUCCAGGGACUCCGCCACACCUCCACGGUCAUGACGCCCUUUGUAUGACUCCAUCCUGGGGAGGAGAUGGCAGAUCUUCGCUCUGAUCCCCAAUCCAGUGCAACCAGUUAUUUCUCCACUCCGACUCAUCACUCCUCAUCCUGUUUGUAUCUUUCCCCCUGGUCUUUGUAAAUAGUUCACCUGCUGCAAGUGAGGUGAAGAGAAUGUGGCGCACUGAUCCAGAAAAUCCCCCAAAAAAGGACUGGUGACCUGCUGAUGCGUCCGCAGGUCCUGUGAUUUCUAUGAACCCUUUAGUGACAUUGUACAAACACUUACAACCUCAAAACAAACUGUAAAGCCUGAUGUGAGACAAUACAAGGAGCAUGUCUGAUCUUGGCCCUUGGAGAACAGAACGUGGAUCCUCAACCUAAACUUAUUUUAACAAUAUUUAGAAGACCCUCUGCAGGUGUAACAGUCCCUGCAGGGUCUCCACCGGGGCUUUAAAGAUGGCAGGUUGCUGCGUGAUCCAACAGUGCAACCUAAGAUAAGGUUUUUCGGAGAGACUUAUCCGAUGCUACAGCAUGUUGGACACCGAGGCAUAGUCGGAGUCUGUGAACAUUUCAGAAUCUCUAACAAAAUCUCAGCUUUCCUCUGCUUUCUAGAAACCAGCCAUAUGUACAGUUCGAACUUCACGCUCUGUUGAAAAUAAUGUCAGAAACACGCUGGAGUGCAUUGUACAAACUUGAAAAUGCAACAUUUACUCACUGUAGAGUACAAAAAAAUUAAUCAUAGGACGCAUGCUGACUGCAGUAGACAAACACGCUGGACUGUAUGUGGAAUAAUAUGGGAUGAAUAAUCUCUAAUCUGCAACAGGGGUGAAGGCUCUUUGCAUACUUUAAAAGGCCCAGUCACACCAGAAGCUAUAAUGGUGAAGUUUGGCAGCAAAAUUUGGGAAGUUAUUGUAUAAAAAAUUGAAUGGAAUUUUGAGGAAUUACUUCCUGGUGUGACCGGGCUAAGAGGGAUUCAACUUCAAAAUGUGUUGGGUUCAAAUCAUCAGUUUUAUAGUAUCAUAUUUUAAAAACACUGUGUGAAACCAGCCAUAAAUGAUAGCCAUCAUACAUCUCUUUUUACAUCGCUUUUAUGUUCAGAAAACAUUUGCAGGGUAACAGCAGUUCCAAACCACGUUUGUCUCCACGUUGUUUCCAGUCGCCGACAGUCCACUGCAGCCUUUUAACAGUUGGUCUUUAGCAGGCGUUACCGAGCUGAUUCAUGGCUGCAUCAGAGCGUGCCAACAGGGCAUCCACACCUGGAAAUAAUGGCUCUCUGCAGUCUCAUUUAAAACAUGAGACAGGAAGAAGCUGGAAGGCGCUGGAUUGGACUCACACACACCGUGUCAGAGCAGGGGC